AUGCCUCCCAACUCUUCCUUGGUCUCCGACUGCGCCAGUAGUGCGUCACCAUCCAGGGCAACCUCUUUGUUUCUUGACUGGACGGAUCGAGCCAAAGUUGUCCUGACAGUGACCCCCCCGUUAGAACAAGUGCCCAAGAUUCUGGUUGAGGGUCCUUUCCCGACAUCAUUUUUACACGACGAACCUGAAUUCCAGUCCCGCGUGAAAAAAUGGGCCUCGACACUUCGCACUGUGGAUCAAGACGAGUUUGGAAUCCUAACCGCUCUUCCCACUCUCGCCUUCGCUUUCAACCGUAGUUGCAAAACUUCAAACAAGCGCUCCAAAGAACAUGCUCAGCGUCGUGGCAUCGACGACAUUAUCGAACUGGCUUUUAGUGCGAGGCGUGAUCGUCAUUGUGAUUUUGCAACGGAAGAAAGUUACCGCCUUGUGGCGUCGCUCGGCAAUCCGGAUGCGGUGUCCGAUACCUUGGUGACAAUUCCUUCAGAGACCAUCCUUGACAUAAUAGGAGAGGGUCGACUUUCCUUUCAAUACCCAUCCCUUUCAGAACACCUCUAUUGGUCCACUGGCAGGUCGACAGAUGGUUUUUCAAUCAUUGGGUUAGCUGGAGAGUUCAAGAAGGAUGAGAACGGCUGCAAUAAAAACCAGGUGAUCAUGGCGCUUGCCACUGCACAGGCGCAGCGGAAAGCUCUCGGACUCCAGCAUUCUAUCAUCAUGGGUGCUAUUGCCUCUUGUGGCCACGUGCAGAUUCUCUCUUCGUACAGGAAAAGUGAGAACUCACUUGUUUACAUCUACGCGCACAAGCAACUGUUUGAUCUGUCCAACCCUAGUCACCUGGUACACUUAUAUGUUUUUUUUUCAAAGCUCGAGAGGGAUUUCCAGGGUUCCCUCGCCUUGGAGCUCGAGACAUGGAGUAUUCCCAUGGAAACAGCAAUCUGGGGUCAUCAGUGGCGUAGUCCUGAGCAUAGUAGAAAACAUUGUUGGACAGAUGCCGGGGAAGGUGGUAAUGCUGGCAACAGAGGUGGAGCAGGUAAUGGUGGUCUUGUGGAUGUGGAUGGAUUCAAUGGUGGUCCUGAAGAUGUGGAUGGAUUUGAUGGUGACCAGUAUAUGGACAUUAUGAACUGGCGUGAUGAGGUUGUCAAGGAUGGGAAGGCAGACAGGGCCAUGUGUCCAUCUCCUUCAGUUCCGCGUCUGGUGGCUCAGUUUUUGUCCAUGAUGUGUUCAGUCUCUUUGGGCAGCAGUGAAGCCAGAUGUGUGAUCUGUGGGACAUAUGCCCACUGUUCUGGCUUCAGCGUCAUGCAAUACUCCAUACCAGGACUUUUCAUGGGUAUGAGCUACCUAAACUACGUAACUGUCCUGCCGUUUAUGCCUGCUUUCAUGACUUUCCAUUUGUAA